AAGGAGACGCGGACUCGACAAGCCAAUUUCCUCGCAGAACCUCCCAGCCAUAUCUGAGAUCCCGACCAGCUCGAGGAUCUCCUGAUCUGGUCUCCACCGUGUCGCCCAUCAGGCCGUCUUCCAGUUGCGUGAGGGUUGUUCUGCGGGCCGCAAUAACCCCGCGGUGCCUUCAACCCUUCCGAGUCAGAGCCGACACUCUUGCCCCUCUUCAAGUUCUCCCUCGUUUUCCCACCCCCCGUCUGCGAGCGACCGUUGCUGCCGCCCACCUCUUUACAACCAUGGCGACUGCCUCUGCUCCCCAGAGCUCCCUGCUCUCCCUGCUGUACCGGGCGUACCCCCAGGCGGUGGCUGCCAACGCGACAGAGCCUGACCUGGUGCACGCCACCCCGAAGAUCUUUCCUCAGGUCACGCUAUCGACCGCCGAGGAGGCAGACCUCAAGCAAUGGAUUGGGACGAUCUCCGGGCUGAAGAAUGCCCUCGUCAACAAUGAGACGGAGGUGGCGGGCAAGAUCCUCGCCCAGCUCAACACCCACCUGGCCGGGCGCACGACUCUGCUGGGCGUGAAGCCCUCGGUGGGGGAUGUCGCUGCCUACGCCGUUCUGGCCCCGCUGGUCGAGAAGUGGACGCCGGAGGAACGCACGGGCGAGAAGGGAUACCAUCAUAUCGUGCGCCAUACCGACUUUGUCCAGAACGGCAAGUUGUUCGCCCUGCAGAUCCCCGAGGAGGAAAAAGUCCGCAUCGACCUCGACGACAUCCGCUUUGUGCCCAAGCCGGUCGACCCCAAGGAGGAGAAGGAGCGUAAGAAGCGCGAGAAGGCUGCCGCUCAGAACCCGGAUGCCGCCAAGGCAGCUGAUGAGAAGCCCUUGGUGGUUGGCCAGGGUAAGCCCACUACUCCUGCUGCUCCUGCUGCCGCUCCUGCCGCUACCGCUGCUGGUGGUGAAGCAGCAGCAGCUGCUGCUGCCCCCAAGGAGAAGAAGAAGAAGGAGAAGAAGGAGAAGCAGCCUAAGCCGGCUCCCGCCCCGGCGGCGCCGCCGUCCCCCUCUCUGAUUGACCUGCGAGUGGGUCACAUCCUGCGCGCGAUCAACCACCCGAACGCCGACUCGCUGUACGUGUCGACAAUUGACUGCGGCGAUGCGCCGGGCUCCGACAACACCUCCGUGGACGAGGAGACAGGCAAGACGGUGCGCACCGUGUGCUCUGGCCUGAACGGGCUGGUGCCCCUGGCGGAGAUGCAGGGCCGGAAAGUGGUGGUGGUGUGCAAUCUGAAGCCUGUGACCAUGCGUGGCAUCAAGUCGGCCGCCAUGGUGCUGGCGGCUUCCCCCCGACUUGCCGAGGGCGAGGAGGACACCCACGCCGGCCCCGUCGAGCUGGUCAGCCCGCCCGCGGACGCGCCCGCCGGCGAGCGCGUCGCCUUUGACGGCUGGACCGACGGCGAGCCCGAGAAGGUGCUCAACCCCAAGAAGAAGGUCUGGGAGACCUUCCAGCCGGGCUUCACCACCACCGACGCCCUCGAGGUUGCCUUUGACGCCGCCGCCGUCCCCGUCGCGCAGAGCCAGGAGGGCAAGCCCACCGUCGGCAAGCUGCUUACUCGCUCGGGGGGUGUUUGCCUGGUGAAGAGCCUCAAGGGCGCUACCGUCAGGUAAUACGAAUUGCCUAGAAACAAAAAACAACAAGACGAAAGGGACGAAUUGGGUCAAUGGGAUACAAAAAUCAAUAUCUUAGCAUACACAUCUGCAUUCAAACUACUAGUAUAUACUACCGGUCCUUGGAGGAGUAAUUCCUCAUCUGAAUCAUCUACCGACUAUCUAACACGAGUCUCUUAUGUCCAGCUCGGGUAUAGAAUACAGUAUGUACUGCUCUGAGUCGGUCAAUGCAGGUCCUCAAGAAUAGCCGGAUCCGGCAUCCUGCUGCACGACGGGCCGCUGAUCGACGUGGUACUCCUGGUGGAGAUGAGUCGGAUCACACCCUCGAGAGUACAGUAGACUCGACUGUUAUGUAGUAGAAUAAUAGAGUAGAUUUUGAGUUGUCCUGAUCCUGUAGUAGUCAGCAA